ACUCAAUUGACACAGUAGAGGACACGAAUACAGCAAAGCGAGUUGUACAUUGUCAGCUUCCAGAAUUCCGUUUGCACUCGGUUAGUGAACCCGACUAAUUAACCACAAGAAUAGUUAUAGUUAUAGGAAUAUGAAGUUUCAAAAGGCUUGCUGACCGGAGAGAAGAUGAAGAGAAGGGGUGAAGGAACCGUUGUUAUAGACGCAGUUCGAACUUGCCAACCUGAGGUGGCAGAUAGCAUAUAUCAAAAAUGUCAGGCAUCGUGUAUAAAGCAUUCCUACCCAUUGAAGUUUCUUAUUCCACAAUACGCCAGUGAAACUAACUGUUGUUGGGUUUAUCCUAUAACUUAUGGCGGUGGAUUGGUAGAAGGUGACCAUAUAGAUAUAGCUGUUCAUAUUAAACAGAACUGUUGUGCGGUUAUUACUUCACAGGAAUCAACUAAGGUGUACAGUUGUGAAAAGAAUAUUAUCACGAAACAAAUGCUGCAAUAUCAAGUAGAUGACCACGCUCUGUUGUGUUUACUUGGAGAUCCAGUCGUUUGUUUCAAGGGUGCCUCCUACACACAGUCGCAGGAAAUACAUAUGACAUCAGAAGGAAGUAUUGUACUAUUAGAUUUAUUAUCUGCUGGUAGAAUAGCAAGAGGAGAAUCAUGGCAGUUUACAAGCUUUAAAAACAGCCUAUUAGUGUACAUAGAUGACCAACCAGUUUUGAAUGAAGUCAACCAUUUAGAAAGUACACCAUGGCUAUCUGUACAUGCUUCUAUGUCUGAGUACGAGAUUUUAGGAACUUGUAUUGUGAUUGGUAAUAAUGUAAAAAAUUUGGUUGAAAUUCUGUGUAAAAAGUAUAGUGCACAGAAAAAGAUAGGUGAACGUGAAGAUAAAAGCCUACUGUGUAGUAUUAGUAAUUUAGAGUAUACAAUAGAAAAGAAAACUACACAUGGUUGUUACCUUCGUUUUUUAACAUCAAUAUCCAAGGCAUAUGAAAUCAUUGAUGAGAUAGUGCAGCCAUUAUUACCUAUUAUUGGUACAAACCCAUACCAUAAUAAAUAUUAAUCAAAUACAUAUGAAACUAAUUGUCAUUUUUCUAAUACUAUUUUGCUGUAGAUGGAUCUCUUGAUUAUGAGAUAUCACUAUCACAAUAUUGUUUUAUUCCCAGAAAAAAUAUUCAUUUUAGGUCACUGUAAUGAUGGGUCCUUUUCUACAUAUAGAAUGAGUAGGGUGGUCCACGGCCUCAAACAUGUGUACUAUUAUUAAGACAAAAAUCAAAAACGUCCAUUUUCACUUUUGACAGUAUCUCUUUGCGAGUGAAAUGGGGCCGUCAGAUAAGCCGCCCAUAUGAACUGUUUAUGUUCAUGUGUAGGCAAUUGGCCUGUUAUUAACAUACACUGGUUACCUCUAAUAAAAAGAGGCAAAGAGCAGUGCAUUUCCGCAGUUUUGUAUUGUUUCUGAAUAUCCCCUACUUUUUUUUGAAAUGUAUAAUUCUUUUCUAUGGUCGAAUGGUUAGCUCGUGUACGCCUGUAUUAUAAGGUAUGUCAUUGAGUCAACUGUCGUGGUUUUGAUUCCAUGGUUGUGAGUGAUAUGGAGUAGGGUCGCCUGUCCAACCUCGUUGGUUUUCUCCGGGUCCUUCGGUUACCUCUCACUGCUAAAGAUUCCAACGCACAAGCGAAUUAUUGAAAUAAAAUUGAACAAUGUGUUAGUCCCGAAAUGACCUAGUUUGUGUCGAGUUAAACCCCAUUCCACUCUCUCUGUGAUGCAUCAAUUUUUGACAGCAAUUCAACCAUUGCAAAGUCCUUUAUAUUGAUCUAGUGUUUCCAUCAAUGUCAAUCAAAUAAAAAAUAU